UGUGAAAGAACAAAAAAAAAAGGGCUUGGAAAGAGAGAGUUAGCUGUAGCACCAGAAAGCAAAGAGCUUUGAAGAAACUCAAAUUCAAAGGUACUCAAUUUCAUCUGACUAGCUCUGACCCCCUUUGUUUAAACCAAAGAAUGAUCACCACCAAAUCCAAAUCUCCCGAUAAAUUACCCUUCUCUUAUGUUCCUCUCUCUCUCUCUCUCUUCUUCUAUCAUUUACUACUUCUUAAACUUUUCUAGAAAUCUGCAAAACCCUUAAUUUGAAUUCAUCAUCACUUAACCCUGUAUUUAUAUCACCCACAUGCCCAAAACUUUCGUAACACACAACCCUAAUAAAUUUUUGAUGGGUUGAUUCAUUCUUUAUUGUUUUUCUUGAUCUUCUGAGUUUUCCUUAGAGAAAGUGAUUAUGAUUUUAAUGUGUUUGUUGGGAGAUGUGUCAGUAACAUCAAGAAGACGAACAACAAUUCAAAACCGUAUUAAAUGUUGUCUUUUUGAUCACUCAAGAAGAAAACAACAAGACAGCAGAUGUUUCCAUCAUUCUUCUUCACACCAAGCUUCGUUCAAGUCUGAUACGAUGUUCUUCUCCUCUAACGUUCUCAGAUUGAUUCUUUUACUCUGUCUCGUCUCUUCUUCUUUCUACUUAUCCACCGCUUCUUCCUCCAAUUCCACUGCCGCCGAACAAACUCUCCGGCCUCAAGAAGAGCUUCAGAAGCUGAAAUUGAUUAGAGAAGAGCUCCAAAAGAUCAAUAAGCCCGCCGUUAAAACCAUUCAGAGCUCAGAUGGUGAUACAAUUGAUUGUGUUUCGACUCAUCAGCAACCAGCUUUUGAUCAUCCUCUCUUACAAGGACAGAAACCAAUGGAUCCGCCUGAGAUCCCAAAAGGGUAUAGCAAAGAAGAUGAAUCGUAUGAAGAUUCAUCACAGCUGUGGAGUUUAACCGGGGAGUCUUGUCCGGAAGGUACGAUUCCGAUAAGAAGAACAACGGAACAAGACAUGUUAAGAGCAAGUUCUGUUCGGAGAUUCGGUCGGAAAAUUAGGCGUGUGAGGAGAGAUUCCACUAGCAACGGACACGAACAUGCGGUGGGAUAUGUAUCCGGGAGACAAUACUACGGAGCAAAAGCGAGUAUAAACGUGUGGUCACCACGUGUGACUAGCCAAUACGAAUUUAGUCUUUCUCAGAUUUGGGUUAUUGCUGGUUCGUUCACACACGAUCUUAAUACCAUUGAAGCCGGUUGGCAAAUUAGCCCGGAGUUGUACGGCGACACUUACCCAAGAUUCUUCACUUAUUGGACGUCCGAUGCAUACCGAACAACGGGUUGCUACAAUUUGUUGUGUUCCGGUUUUGUUCAAACCAACCGCCGAAUCGCGAUUGGAGCUGCCAUUUCUCCUAGAUCUUCGUAUAGAGGCAGACAAUUCGAUAUAAGCUUAUUAAUUUGGAAGGAUCCCAAGCACGGUCACUGGUGGCUACAGUUCGGGUCGGGUGCGUUAGUCGGAUAUUGGCCAGCGUUUCUAUUCACGCAUCUACAGCAACAUGGGAGCAUGGUCCAAUUCGGUGGCGAGAUUGUGAACAACCGACCCGGUGGUUCACACACUUCAACACAAAUGGGCAGUGGCCAUUUCGCCGGUGAAGGUUUUGGUAAAGCAUCUUAUUUCCGGAAUCUCCAAAUCGUUGACUGGGACAAUACUCUUAUCCCCGCUUCGAAUCUAAAGAUGCUCGCAGAUCAUCCCAAUUGUUAUGAUAUUAGAGGUGGGACGAAUCGUGUGUGGGGUAACUAUUUUUAUUAUGGAGGUCCAGGUAAAAACCCUAGAUGUCCAUGAAGAAUCAAGAAAAAAAAUAGGUUUAUUGAUUAUUAUUCUUACAUGUAGUGUGCAAAUGAAUUUUGGGGCUUGAGGGAGAUUAGGAAUUUUUACAUUGCCGCUAGGUGUUUUGCAAAUAUCAUGUAGAUGAGUUUUUUUUUACCAUAACAAUAUCACCACCACGAGCUAGCGAACAAAUUCUUGUUUGUUUUUUUUUGGUUUGUUAAAAAUGAUAAGUAUAAAAUUUGGUAGUGUUAUACUUUUCUUUAUUGUUGUUUGAAAUGUGUGAUUUUGGAAUUACCGAUUUUGUAAUGUUUAAAUUGAUUGAUUAGUGUUACCAAAUACCAAUGUCAGUGUGACUACAUUGAGACUCAA